AGAUCAACAAUCAACAUGCCAUUGCCAAUAAUUUGACAGUUUGACAAGUUGAGAGUGAGGAUUUUGCAGGUUAUAUUUUGAUUUAAUUUUUUUUUUUAAUAAAAAUGGAAAUCGGUGCUGUGAAACAAGACUUUAAUAACGAGAUUAUACAGUUGAAAAAGAAUUUAAACCAAGCUAAAACACAGACAAUACAUAAGCUGACGAGAAAAGCUAAGACUUUGACAGAGAAAAAAUGUCCAGAAAAUUUGAAAGAGAAAUUCAAACGGAAGGCGGAGUCUGCAGUGAGAGAAGUGUUGGUUAUAAAGAAAGUCAAAGCAAGAGAUAUAGCACGGUUCAUCGUCACACAUACAGGAAAACUAAAUGACUAUUUGAAUAAACCAACUAUUGACAAUAACAAGGCAUGUGCACGGUUGCUUCUACACAAGUCACUGCAAGAUAAGUAUAAACAUAUCAGAGGGAAGUUUUCUAAUGUAUCAAUAGAUGAUCUGUUUAUGUCUAGACAAGAAAGAUUAAAGCUUAAAAAAGAAGAAAUUGAAAAACAGAAAAAUAAAAAGAAGAGAAAAGAAGAAAAUAGGAAAAAACGAUUAUCUAACGCCAUUAAUGUUGAAGGUGAAUGGGAUGUAGAAAAUACUACAGACAAAAGUAAAGACACAAGUAAAAAGGACACAGUUAAAAAGGAUAAAAUUAUAGAAGACGAAGAGAUGUCUCAAGGUGAUGAUUUAUCGGAUGCUGAUGAUGAUAAGGAAGAAAAUAAUAGUGUUUUAAGUGAUAAAUCUGAUGACAUUAGUGACAAUUCUGAAGAACUUGAUGAGUCAAAUGAUGAAAGUGUUCAUAUAAAACAAACUGAUAAUGAUUCUAAUGAUGAUGAUGAUGAUGACGCCGAUGAUAAUGAUGAAGAGCGAGAAGACAAAGAAGAAGUAGAAAAUAUUACUGAUAGUAAAAUUAAUAAAGAAAUUGUGCUAAACAAAGUCAUCAAAAAUAAUAGUAAAAAUAAAGUAGAACUUAAUUCAAAUAAACCUGAAAGUGAAGUAUUUGAGUUAAAAAUGAAACCAAAUAACAAGUCAGAAAAUAAAGCAAAAAAGGUAGAGAAGAAAGUUAAAGAUGUCCACAAAAACAAGAAUUUAAAAGAUAAAUUACAGAAAAGGAAAUUUAACAAAGAGUCAGAAGGUUUAGAGGCAAAAACAAAAAAAGUUUUAGUAGAUCAAUUCUUUGUCACAUCCACUGGGAAUAAUUACAAGUCUCUGGUGGAACCGAGAAAUCCAGAUGAAGUAAAAGAUGAACAUAAACGUGGCAAUAGAAAAUAUAGACGAGCUGUAAUGUUUGGACAUGUUUUAAAAACAAAACCAAAGAAAAAUGGCUUACAAUAUAGCAGCAGUAAUAAUUUUACAAAAAAAUCUAGUUAUAAUACUAAACAGUUUUUUACUAAUCAAAAUAAUGUCAACGGAAAAGAAGAUAAUAAAAAUAGACAAUUUGAUAAUAGAAAUAAUAAUUUAAGUUCAAAAGGAGUUGAUAAAAGGUAUGCAGUUCCAGAAAAACUACAUCCUUCUUGGGAAGCAAAGAAAAAGCAAUCUGCUAUAUUACCUUUUCAGGGUAAAAAAAUCGUUUUUGAUGAUUCAUAAUAAAUUAUUAUUUUAUGCAAAAUAGUUUUGUAUUUACUAUUUUAAUCUUUUGCUUACUGUCAGAUUAUUUAUAUGUAAUUAAAUACUCUAUUUUCUGUUUCGGGUAAAUAAGGUGUGUUAUAUGGUUAGCGAUAUAUAAUAAAAUAUAAUGAAUGCCUACUAA